UAUAUAUAUAUAUAUAUAUGGUUUAGGAUGAGGACUUUUAAACAGAGAUUCUUUGUCGAAGCAGUUGUCAAUUCGAAAGAGACCUCUUUGAUUUCUUAAAAUAACUUUCAACUCCAAUCCCAACCAGCUCAUUAGGAUUUGAAUCCCCAAUCCAAUUCGUUCAUAAAUUUCAACUUGAAGAAAAAUGGGAGGUGGAAAUCACAAUGAUGAUGAAUCUAGUGACAAAGGACUUUUCUCUCAUCUUGCUGGCUAUGCUACUGGACAAUACCCUCCGUCUUAUGGGGCAUAUCCUCCUCAAGGAUAUCCCCCUCAAGCCUACCCGCCAGCUGGAUAUCCUUCUGCUGGUGGAUACCCACCAGCUGGAUAUCCUUUCCAAGGUGGGUACCCACCGGCAGGUUAUCCUGGUCCGUCAGCGUAUCCUCCCCCAGGUGGAUAUCCACCGGCAAUUUAUCCUGGUCCAUCAGCUCCGCCUGUUUCAGGUCAUGGGCCUAAUAUGGGAGCAUUGAUAGCUGGUGGCGCUGCUGCUGCGGCUGCCGCUUAUGGGGCCCACAAGCUCUCACAUGGUGCCCAUAAUCUUACCCAUGGGGGUUAUUACGGUCAUCACCAUGGAAAGUUUAAGCAUGGGAAAUUCAAGCAUGGGAAGCAUGGGGGAAAGUUCAUGAAGUUCAAAAAAUGGAAGUGAUUACCGCUCGAUAUUUUAUUAUCAUAGAUUGCUAGCAUUGGCUUCUUAGGAGUGUUGUUUAGGCUUGCAGUGAGUGACAAUUGUCUCUCUCUUUUUUUUUUUACUUAUUUAUUUAUUUUAUUUUUAAUGAUUCUGGAUACAAUUCGGGGGUUAUGACACUGGCAUAUGUAUAUAAUUACAAAUUUCUUUUAUGUUAUAUUUCUACAUAUAUGAAUGAAUUAGUCUCUUGUGUAAGGUGUUGAUAUAA